AUGUCUAGCGAUGAAGAUAAUGAAAUGUCGGAGGAGAAUCAAAAUGAUGUUGAUGCAGAACUUCUGCAAAGAGCUGGAAAUUUACAACUAGAUACCGAUGUUGAGAGUGUCGGUAGUUCUGUAUUGAAUGAUAUUGCAGACCCUAAUUCUGAAACUAGGAAACAAGAAAAUGAAAAUGAAGAAGAGGAAAGUAAAAGAAUCGAGCUAGAGCAACAAGAAAGGGAAAAGAAGAGAUUGAAGGAAUUGAAAAGAAGAGAAAAGGAGGAAGAGCAGAGGAGAAUGGAAGAAGAGGAAAGUAACAGGAGGGAAGAAAGGCAGAAAGAGAGAAGAAAAAGGAAGAGAGAGGAAUCAGAGGAGAAGGAGAGAGAACAUAGCAGAAGACGCAUGGAGGAUAGAAACGAAGACAAGCAGAAAAAGACAUGCAAUAAGAACAGCAUUAAGAGCACAAUAUCGUGUAUUGAGUGCUACACCAAAAUCUUUCAGCAUGUAGUAACCACAUUGCAACAGUUGCAUGUAAGACCAGUAGUACUACUCUGUGGAGAUCAACAGCAGCAGAAACAAAUAACCGCGUUUGAUGGUAACACUAAAAGCACUGAAGGAAUUUUACAGAGACGCUCUUUAUUCAGAAAUAGUGUCGUAGUGCUGCGAUAUUUUAAACCAAGUUUAAACACGAUUCGUCAGUUUGAACAAGGACGUGUCCUACUUCAAAAGGAGCCUCGUGAUAUUGACAUCUUAAAUGUUUUAAAAGAAUAUCCUGAAGCUUUGAUUUUAACUUUGACUCGGGCUGCAACUGCAAGAGUGAACAGAGUAGCAGUGAAUAAUCUAUUUGAGCAAGGUGAUUUUCUUGGACAUAUCCGAUAUAAUGAUCAUGAUGAAUUCAUUCCACUGUUCAAAAACAUGAGAGUAGUAAUCACUCAAAACAGGAAUAAAGAACUAACUGUAGUAAAUGGUCAAACUGGAAUAGUGAUAACAAUGCAUAAUGCGACAGUCUUUUUAAAGCUACCAAAUGAUAGCAUAGUUGCUAUUUAUGCUGUUAUUCAAAAAGUGGAAAAUGAAAUGAGAACAACAUAUCCCAUAGUACCAGCUUAUGCUUCAACUAUCUGCAAAGUUCAAGGACAGAACUUAGGAAAGGUGAUAGUCUGGUUAGAUUCAGCUUUUGUGCCAGAAGGUGCAGCUUAUGUGGCAAUUUCACGUCUAAGAAAACUUGAUGAUUUACCCUUUCUGACAUAG